AUGGGCUGGAACACGUGGAACACGUUUCAGUGCAACUACGAUGAAUCCACGCUCAAGCAGAUGGCCCACGCCCUCAUCUCCUCGGGCAUGGCCAAGGCCGGCUACACCUUCCUCAACAUCGACGACUGGCACGCAACCCUCUCUCUCUCUACAAGAGAGCGCGACAUGCAAGGCAAUCUGCAGCCCGACCCGACCAAGUUUCCCAACGGCAUGAAGGCCUUCGUGGACUACAUCCACUCGCUCGGUCUGAAGGUGGGCAUCUAUUCGGAUGUGGGCACUUACACGUGCCAAGGCUUUCCGGGCAGCAACGGGUACUACCAGCAGGACGCCAACACGUUCGCCUCCUGGGGCAUCGACUACCUCAAGUUCGAUACGUGCUACCUCACCAACGAGAUCGAGAACCAGCCCUGGCUCUUCUACGGACAGAUGUCGCAGGCGCUCAACAAGACGGGCCGGCCGAUCGUGUUCAGCAUCUGCAACUGGGGCCGCAAGGACUCGUGGAACUGGGCUCCCAAGAUUGGCAACCUCUGGCGCACGACCUAUGACAUCUUCCCCUGGUGGGGCCGAGUGCUCGAGAUCCUGGAUGCCCAGAAGCCGCUCUACCCCUACGCCGCGCCUGGAGCGUUCAAUGACCCGGACAUGCUGGAGGUGGGCGUCAAUGGUACCUUCUUCAACUUGCCCCUUGCCCCCGCCGCCUGGCUCGACGACACCCAGGCUCGGUCCCACUUCUCCCUGUGGGCCAUCAUGGCCGCGCCCCUCAUCACCGGCAACGACCUGCGCACGAUGACGCCGGCCAUCCAGGCCAUUCUGACGAACUCGGAGGUGAUCGCUGUCAACCAAGACCCUCUGGGCCUGCAGGGCCGAGUCGUGGCCAGCGUGCAGUCUGGGCUCGACCUCGACGGAGCGUGCCUGUGGCUCAAGUGCUCGUGGACCGAGGUGUGGGCCAAGAACAUGACCAACGGCCGCAUCGCCGUCGUUCUGUUCAAUCGCGCUGGCGUGCUCUACGACUUUAAUCAGUGGGGAAACGAGGACGUGACGGUGACCUGGACCCAGCUGGGCCUGUCGUCCUCCUCCGCCACGUACCGAGCGACCGACCUCUGGUCGGGCCAGGCCCUGGGCCAGUUCACCGGGCAGUUCACCGCGAAGAACCUGGCCCCGCACGCUGUCCAGUUCAUUGUUCUCGACCCGCGCGUUUGA